AUGGCGCCCAAAGGCAAGCAAGGCGACAAGUCGAAAGGCAAAGACUCCGGUGAUAAAGGUGGCAAGAAGGAACAAGGCGGAGCCCAAAGCAUCAACGUCCGCCACAUCUUGUGCGAGAAGCACUCCAAGAAGGAGGAAGCUCUGGCAAAGCUGAACGCUGGGUCAAAGUUCGAUGAGGUUGCGAGAGAGUUCUCGGAGGAUAAGGCGAGGCAGGGCGGUUCGUUAGGAUGGAAGGGAAAGGGCGCUCUACUGCCGGAGUUCGAGAAAGUGGCAUUCGAGCUUGAGCCGUCGACCACAGGGAAGCCGAAAUGGAGCGAGUGCAAGACGAGCGAAGGCUACCAUAUAAUUAUGGUCGAGGGCAGGAAGUAG